CCCUCUCACUGUUUCCUGUUACGUCAUGGUGUGUUGCUAAAGGACAAGCAUCGACAACACGUUUGCUGUACAAACUGCGAGUGUCUAAUCAGCUUUUAAAACGCUUCUUGGAAAAGAUCUGUCCAGAGUAGAAAAAUGCCUGUAGCUGUAGGACCAUAUGGACAGGCACAGCCAAGCUGUUUCGACAGAGUCAAGAUGGGCUUCAUGAUGGGCUUUGCAGUUGGAAUGGGUGCCGGUGCCAUGUUUGGAACGUUCUCCUGCCUACGAAUUGGGAUGAGAGGUCGAGAGCUGAUGAGUGGUGUGGGAAAGACCAUGAUGCAAAGCGGGGGUACAUUUGGGACCUUUAUGGCCAUUGGCAUGGGCAUUCGCUGCUGACUCGGCUGUUCAUUUUAAUUGACUAUAUUUCAUAUAUUCACAAUGCCACAAAACUGAGUGUGUUAAUAAAAUUGUAAUUUAAAAAAGCUGUAAGACAUACAGAUGCUGCAGAAGUCUGUUGUGUUUUAGAGAGAUUGUAGGAUAAGUCACUAUCACUUUGUAGAUGCUGAUAUGCGGCUUUUGGAGAGAAGAGGGUUGAGGUAACAAAGGAGAGGAGCCAGCUUCAGUUUCUUCUACAAGCACCAAUAUAUCAUUUGUCCUACAAGUUAGGAUGAAAAUGGUCCUUUUCACAAAUGGUGGAAUGUGAUAGCGUUGUAUUAAUUUAAAAUACAACUUAAUACAGCUUAAAACAUUUCAGGGUUGACAGACAGUCGUUAGGUUGGUUAUAAAGUCAACUGAUUCUGAAGAUCAUUUUCUUGCUCACCUCUGUUCACCUGGAUUGCCAAUCAAGAUUGUCCAUUUCCAUUGAAAAAUGAACCUCCUAUUUGUUGCUGCCUAUGUUUUAUCUCUAUUCUUCCUCUACACACCUCUGUAGGUGUUUGUAUUAAAACAAAAGCAAAACAA